CACUCCCUCCCUCACACUCCCUCCCCCCACCACCGUGAGUUCAGGGGUCGCCUCUUCUACCGCACCUCCCCCACCCCCCCCCAAGGACGAGGGAGUCAGCGGGAGGGACAUGGCCGCCGAGGUCCAAGCGCCCCCGGUGCGAGUGGCCGAGCAGCGUAAGGAGAGGUCGCGGGACGCGGCCAGGAGUCGGAGGGGAAGGGAGACGGAGGUCCUGUACGAGCUGGGCCGGCAGCUGCCCCUCCCCCGCGGCGUCAUCUCCCACCUGGACAAGGCAUCCAUCAUGCGGGUCACCAUCAGCUACCUCCGGCUGAGGAGGCUCCUGGAGGCAGGUACAGCAGACCCAGAGAGGGCUGAUUUGGAUGGCCAGUUCGAUGGGAUUUACCUCAGAGCCCUCGAUGGCUUCAUCAUGGUUCUGACUGAAGAAGGAGACAUUGUUUAUUUGACAGAGAAUGUCAACAAAUAUCUCGGACUGACCCAGUUGGAUCUGAUUGGACACAGCAUCUUCGAGUUUGUUCACCCGUGUGAUGAAGAGGAGCUGAAGGAUUUCGUGACUCCACAGCAUGGCCUCCCAGUGAAGCAGGGCAUUCACACGGAGAGAGAUUUCUUCAUGAGGAUGAAAUCCACUCUAACCAGUCGCGGACGCACAGUUGCCAUUAAAUCAGCAACCUGGAAAGUGUUGCACUGCACAGGACAUGUGAAGAGAUGUGAGAUGAGCAGCCAGAUUGCCGACAGCGGGUUCCCAGAAUUCCCAAUGUCCUUCCUGUUGAUGAUCUGUGAACCUAUUCCACACCCAUCCAACAUUGAGAUUUCGUUGGACAGCAAGACCUUCCUGAGUCACCAUAGCUUGGACAUGAAGUUCAUUUACUGUGACCAGAAAAUCACUGAUCUGAUUGGUUACCACCCGAAGGCAAUGCUUGGACACACUUCCUACGAGUUCUAUCAUUCGCUGGACUCCGAUCACAUGACCAAGACACACCGUAUCUUGCUGAAUAAGGGUCAGGUCACCUCAGAUCAAUACCGGUUUCUGGCCAAGAAUGGAGGGUAUGUUUGGCUGAAGACACAAGCUACUGCGAUCUACAACAGCAAGAACUCAAGGCCUCAAUGCAUCGUCUGCAUCAACUCUGUGCUCAGCUCAGUGUUAGAGGACACGGUCAUCUUCUCCUUAGACCAGAGAGAGAGGAGCCGGGAGCAGGCCGCCGAUCUCGAGACAGACCAGGACCUCUUCGUCCAGUGCAACCAGAGUCCCGAGAAACUGGAUGAACCGGCGCCAACUCCUGGAGAUACCAUCGUGCCCCCGGAUUUCACAGUUCGGUUAGAUUCGAAAGCAUUCCACUUCACCAAAACACUCCCUGAAGAUAGCGAGGAGCCCCUGUCACCUGAGGAGUUCUGCACCCCCGAACUCUGCAAACUUCUGUCCCCAAUCUUCGACCAUCCAGAGGGGCUGAGAUCCAGCAGCGACAGAAGGCAGGACUCAGAGCCACUAAACAAGGCACACAAAAGGGAGAGGGAAGUGACCAUGCCGGAUAGCUGUGAAAGUUCUGAUACGGACCAUGAGAUCAAGUAUUUCUGCUUUGACACAGAAGUCGUGCAAAAUCUGACUGCAAUGGGUAGCAAAGCUCAGCAGACUGAGACAGACCAGGUGUCUACAGAGCUGGACCUGGAGAUGUUAGCACCGUACAUCUCCAUGGAGGAGGACUUUCAGCUAAGCAGCUUUGAAUCUCCUGAAGAAAAGGAUGGACGGGCCUGUUCUGACCAGCGCCUGGACACCGAUCCCAAAGACCGGCCCACCACGCAGGAUGGCUCUCGCGGCUUGUCCGAGGCGCUGACUGUCCCGGAGACAGGAGACACCACCGCCUUCCGCCCUCAGCCCAGCAGCCUCCACGCCAUCCAGUCCAGCAAGCCAGCCAGCAGCCAGGGGGAGGCGCUCUACAGAAGCUUGAGGGGAGCCCUCCGUCCUCAGGGAGGCGCUGCCGCCUCGCAACGAUCCAGCAACAUGACCCGCCUCAGCGUCGGCCGAGCUCCCGGCUCCAGCAGCAAGUCGAUGGCUUUUGGGGGGCCGGCAUUCACAGCGGCUGUGGAGAAUGUCCUGCUGGCUUUAUUCCAGCCCCAGACCUCGGCCAGUCCUCCUGAGACCGGGAUUCACAUCGGCCAGUCGGCCAGAACCAACGGUCAAGAUGCAGAUUCUUUAAAGUCUGGAGCUGAGCUGGAGCCGAGCGCUCAGCUGGAUUCUGCUGGAACUGAGAGUGCAGUCCCAGCAGAACCCAGCAGAGAGAGGUACGAUUGUCACUUUAUCUCACACGGUACAAUCCUUAGAGACAAUGCACGCUUCUGGCCUCCAUUUUAUAAAAUAGAUGUAAGGAAGGGGAGGGGUGAGAAAAAGAUUCAUAGAGAUAAUAUCAGAACCGAGAGGAUAUUAUUAGCAGAAAGGGCUGAAAAGCACUGGGAAUCUUAUCUCAAAAACUUGAAAGACUGGGUCAUACACUGGAACUCCCUCCCUAACAGCACUGUGGGUGUACCUACACCACAUGGACUGCAGCGGCUCAAGAAGGCAGCUCACCACCACCUUCUCAAGGGCAAUUAGGUAUGGGCAAUAAAU